AUGAGUUGUGCACGAGGAUGUAAAGCCGAACAGAAUUGGCAGGCCGAUGCGCAUGGUAAGCUACAGCGUCAGCUCAAAUCUAUCAUCGAAAAGCAGAGACGGGAUUCUGGUUUCCGUCUACAUCCCACGUAUCAGAGCAAGGAUAGCGUAGCAUUCUUCCACUUCAGAGCCAUCAAUUCGGCGGACGGCGUCGCAGCAAGGGUCUGGACGUUUGACGACCCAGCCGGUAAUGUGCGUUCUGACGAGAGAGUCGUCAACCAGCAAAGACGAGAUGCACACGAGACACACUAUGCAAACAUUUCAAGCAAUUUGUUUGGCUCGAGACAAGGACUGGACAUGGAUCGUAUCCAAGAGCUGAUUGACGCCGGUCUUGGUAGCCAGUACAUCGUCCCAGCAAAUGACUCCGACGGUUACGACUCGUGGUCCGAUGCGGAUCUGACCGGCACGACGAUCCCAAUGUCUCACAUGAACUCCACUCGCUGGAUGGAUGAGGAGGACGAUGACGAUAACGACAUCUUCGACGAGCAUUACGAUAUCGAUGAAGAGAGUGAGAUGGAACGACUUGAAUCUCGUGAAGAGUCUACAAAUGUUCAAACUGAGCCCCGCAACGAACAGGUGUCUCCAUCGUACCCCAUAGUCGCACGACAAUCUGACACUAGAACCAUCUCCGGAUCUGAUGUCACUCCUCUCUUGACCAACGCCUCACUCUCCGACCUGGAAAAAGCGCGAAUCAUUGUUGAGAAGGCUAUCGCGGAGUCUUCCAAGCUCAACCAAGCCCGAUUGUUGAACCCUAUGCGAAACAACUAUGGGCUGGAGCCUGGCACUUUCACCGGGCAGUCAAAGACCAAGCGUCAUCUACGUGUAAGAGAAGACGGCACACCGGUUCCACCCCUCCUGAACAUUACCGACAGCAUCGCGAAUGCUGCAGCUCUAGUCGCUGAAGCUGAUGCAGUUGGCAUACCCGGAAAUUUGACAAAGCGCGCUGUGCCUGCCAAGGGCACCUACUGGAUGGGCAGUAUCGCCAGGAAGGGUACGGUACCAUGGGGCGAUAACGCGACAUACGCAGUAUUCCGGAACGUGCUCGACUAUGGUGCAGUUGGUAACGGUGUUACAGACGACACCAAAGCGUUCAAAGCCGCCAUGCUAGACGGUAAACGUUGCGGCAAGGGCUGCAACGGCUCUACACUCAAGAAUGCCAUCGUGUAUAUACCGCCAGGCACUUACCUGAUCUCGACUACCAUUCCGAUGCCAUUUGGGACGCAAGUAAUUGGAGAUGCAAACGAUAGACCGACCUUUCUGGCAUCCAAGUCGUUCAUCGGUAUGGGAGUGUUGUCGACAGACGAGUACACUGGUGGAGGGACUGGCGCGGACGGUCUAGAUGAGGAGUACUACAUCAACACGGCAAACUUCUACCGGCAAAUUCGCAAUGUGAUUAUCGACGUUAGACAGACCCGUGCUUCACAGAAGGUCUCCUGUUUGCAUUACCAGGUUGCUCAGGCCACGAGCACCCAGAAUGUACUCCUGAUCGCCGGUCCGACACAGAAUGGCAUGUACGCUGAGAAUGGCAGCGGUGGGCAGAUAUCAGAUAUAACCUUCCAAGGUGGAGCUAUUGGUCUAUAUGGUGGCAGCCAGCAGUUCACAGCGCAGCGCUUGAAGUUCGAGGGCUGCACGAUCGGUGUCCAUCUCAUCUGGGAUUGGGGUUGGGUCUGGAAGUCCAUUACCAUGAACAACGUCGGUACAGGUUUCAAACUUGUACCCGACAGUACUUCUGGUGCAGCGGCGGGCAACAUUGUCUCAGCGUCUUUCCUCGACUCAUCUUUCAACAAUGUUAAGACAGUGGUACAAAUUUCACCUCCCACUUCGACGGUCGGGUCAGGCAGUACCGGUCUCAUCCUCGAAAAUAUCAAGCUUUCAGGCGUGGGUACUACCGUCGCCGAUACAGGAGGAAAGACAAUAUUGGCCGGAUCCUCAUCCAAGAUCGACGAAUGGGCCAUGGGCCCAGUCUACAAAGGCUCGGCUGAUAAGAAAGACCGCAAGUUCACCACGGGAGAGAAGGUCGGAAGUUUCCGUCGUCAUUCAACACUUGUCGAUAACGAUGGGGCGUACUUUGAGCGUCCCAAGCCUCAGUACGAAGACCGUUCAGUGGGCGACUUCGUGCACAUCAAGGACCUUGGAGCCAAAGGCGACGGUAUCACUGACGACACGGCGGCGUUCCAAGCUGCACUGUAUGCGAGUCUGGGAAGAAUACUUUUCGUAGAUGCUGGCUCUUACAUACUCACUUCGACAGUGACGGUUCCCAGUGGCUCCAAGAUUGUUGGCGAAACAUGGUCUCAGUUGGUUGCUUCCGGGUCUUAUUUCGAAGAUGCGCUCCAUCCCAAGGUGCUGCUCAAGGUCGGUACCAACGGCCAAGUAGGAGAUGUAGAGAUGCAGGACCUGUUCUUCACCACAGUCGGGGCAACGGCUGGAGCCAUCCUGGUCGAGUGGAAUCUGAAAGCAUCGAGCGCUGGAUCGGCUGCGCUGUGGGAUUGCCACGCACGUGUUGGAGGCGCCACCGGGACCAAGUUGACGCCAAAGGAAUGCCCACCAGUCACCAGUGGUGUUGAUCAAGGCUGCAGUGCCGCGAGCUUGAUGUUUCACCUGACGUCGUCUGGCUCCGCGUAUCUCGAAAACGCGUGGUUCUGGGUCGCAGAUCACAUGAUUGAUGAUCCCGAUCUCGAAAGCGGUGCCAAUAACAUGAUACAAAAUUCGGUCUAUGUUGCGCGUGGCUUCUUGGCCGAAAGCACCGAGCCGACAUGGCUUUACGGUGUUGCAUCCGAGCAUGCUGUAUUUUAUCAGUUCAACUUUCACCGAGCCCAAAACAUCUUCGCGGGUUUACUCCAGACAGAGUCACCAUACUAUCAACCCACGCCAUCUCCACCCGCUCCCUUCAAGUCCGCUCUUGGCGUCUUUUCAGGUGACCCAACAUACGAAUGUGCGGCUGGCGAUGAGUUCAGUGGGUGUGACGAGUCGUGGGCGAUCAUAAUGCGAGAAUCGCAGAAUGUCUUCAUCGCAAGCGCGGGCCUAUACUCGUGGUUUUCGACGUACGCGCAGACCUGCAUCGACCAGCAACUAUGCCAGAAAGCCCUGCUUUUGCUUGAAAAGAACUUCUCCAAUGUCAGGAUUCAGCACCUCGUCACCAUCGGCGCCAAGUAUAUGGCAGUCAUGGAUGGCAAGGGCAUACUAGCCACGGAUAAUCUCAAUGUCGAUUCCCACCCCUUCUGGUCGCAGAUAUCUGUGUUGGAUGUCAGCAGCAAUGGCUCCAUGUACGACGAGUACAUCUGGGUAGACCCCAAAAUCUGGGACAUGGAACAGCCAGCGUUUACUUGCUCACCCCCUUGCAAUGUCAAGAUCCCCCCGUGGACCCGUGCUACAAGCACACUGAACUAUCCAUUGAUCACGGUCAGCGAUGGCGAAUGGACGAGCACUAUCACGAAACCGCCCAUGACGAUAUCGGAGUGGGUGUUUGAGCCAGUGACACUGACUGGACAAGCUGUCAACCAGAAGCGCCAGGGCUUCGAGGCUUUUUGGCCCAAACCCGCGACCACACCCCACUGGCCUUCGGUGAUCUACGCCAGUCCAGAUGGUGAUUCUACCACAGUAGGGCCUAAGAUAUCCUUUCCAAAGCCACCUCAAUCUAUCGGUCCCAAUGCGCAGCCUCCACCGACGGGUAGCUGGCCCAAGAGGCAAAUUCAGCCUAUCAUUGGUCAGAUCGAGGAGCCGUUGGUCAAGGAGUGUGGCUUCAUAGACUGGGUUUGCUUCACCGAACCAUGGAUCUUCGGCGACAACAACACCAACUCGGAUGGGGAUAACGGCGAUUUCGACGAAAACUGGGAAGACAGCUGGGUCGUAUGUCCAAUACCGAGCAGUUCCUCGUCUAGUUCGACCUCUUCCAGGACGUCGACGAAAACGACAACAAGUGAAGACCCGCCGGAGCCUACGGCGUCUCCGCGCGAAGGCGUUCCAAUGCAGAAUGAAGUCGACUGUUACGGUGGCCUGGAUCAGAAGACGGAGCAUACGCGCAUGGACAGCGCCAUCCACGACUUUUGCAUUGCGAUAGGUAGCUCGGGUGACGUCUUCAAGGAAAAUUACUUCAAGUCGUUAACUUACACAUUCUACCACAGCACGGGAACCGGUGUCCAAAUCCUCAUAUCGCUCAGCGUCGACCCAGGCUGCCAGUUCAAGUAUGACUACGACUUGUGCCACAAAUACCUGGAGGUUCCUGUCAACAGCUGUCAAUGUGGGGGUGUGAACGGGAAGCAGGGUGGGUUUCUGAAUAACGACUGCUACGAGUGGAGGAUUGAUCCGCAAACGACGUUCUAA